UGUGUAUUGAGCUUCAAAAUAACAAUAUGAAUCGAUCCAAAUUGUUUGUUGCAUGCAGCAGAAUUUCGUCACGCGCAGUCUUGAGGGUUUCUUAUCCUGGAUCCCGGAGCUCUCUCAUGCCUCGCAGGCUCUACACGAGCGAUAGCUCAGGGGCCACUACACCGAAAUCAACUAAGCCUGGUCUGCAUCCUGGCCAAGUCCGUGGAGCCUUAUCGCAAAAGAAGCUAAUGGAAGCUGCUUUGCCGUUUGUGGCCACCCAUGGCUGGACCACUGAAACCAUAUCACUGGGUGCACAGAAAUUGGGAUACCCUUCAAUUGCACACGGUCUCUUUCCCAAUGGGCCUGCAGAUUUGAUUGAGCUGUUUUUGGAAGACAGUCGACUCAAGUUGGAGAGCGAAAUGGAGCGCAAAAAGGCAGCUGGCGAACUUGACAGUCUCAGUGCAACCGAUAUCGUUCGUUUGGCGGUCAUCACACGUCUUGAAAUGACACGUCCCUACAUCAAACGCUGGCCCGAAGCGCUAGCUGUCAUGGCCCAUCCCACCAACUCUGUCAUGUCAUUUACCCAGCUUGGCAAGUUGGUGGAUGACAUUUGGUUCUAUGCUGGUGAUAAGAGCCCAGACAUGAACUGGUACACAAAGCGAGCUUCUUUGGCGGCUGUGUACACAUCCACAGAACUUUAUAUGACCCAGGACGUUUCUCCCAACUCAGUAGAUACUUUGGGCUUUCUCCAACGUAGACUUGAGCAAGCUGAAUUUGUUGGUUCCGGUAUGAAGCAGCUCGGAACGAUGCUUGAUUUUGGUGCACGUAGCUUUGUAGGAAUGGUCGCAUCGGUAAGUAAUAGGAAACGACUGGAAUAGGUUGUAAAACAGCCGUAAGCUUACUUGCCUGCCAUCUCCAGCGUGGAAACAAGAUUUAAAAAUGUCCAAGAUUCUCUACAAGACAUCUCAUAAGCCGUCACAUUCGUCAUGUCUAAAUCACCACAAUUCCAUUAUAGAACAUAUCUCAUACAAUUGCCCAUAACAUCUCCCAACUCAGUGGAAUAUAUAAAUUUACACUAUUAUUUCGAAAGUUUCUCGCAUAAAAUAACGAAUGAUUUUACCUUCAAGCAAAAUUUUAACAUUUGCUUACAUGGAUG